AUGUCGGCCACAACAACCCUACUAGCCUGGCUCAUACCCGUCCUCAUUCUCGCCAUAGCCUUCAUUGCCUGGCGCGUCUACGUCUACAAAACCCAAGGUCCCUUCCUACCAGAGUCCCUUCGCCGAAACGUCUUUGCCCGCACCCGGAGUAUUAUCCCAAGAACCCUCUCCUUCAACUCCUCCAACAAGGAUGUCCUCCCAACCACUACACCCGCCGGGGCCGAGGCCACCAAGCCAAUGGGUCCAAUUGGUGCAGCAGGGGCAAUACGCAACGAAACGAAGAUCGAUAUGCCCAGUGCCGAUGCGACUUCCCAACAACAGCCACCCAUGGCCUCCAUAUCCUCAGAUCACAGCCGUUAUGUCGCUGCUCAUUCCUUUGCUGCCGAGCCCUGCGACCGCAAGUCGCCUUCGCCUGCCGCAGGUGCUGAUGGUUCGAUAUCCUCGGGACAGGGACAUGCUCCCUCUCCUGCUAUUUCUCGUCUUAUAGCCAUGAAGUAG